UGAGGAAGCUGGUCUAAAUGCUCUAUUCAAAGAGGUCUCUUCUGCCAAUGGAGGAAGGAUAUUCCGCAGAAAAGAUAAUGCAAUUACACGAUUGAUUGAUUGAUUAAAUAGUUUUGCUGAAAUCAGAAUUAAAAGAGAUGAGCUUUUCCACUGUUUCGAACCCAUUUCUCGAUAGUUUAUCGCUAAAACCCUUGUCCGUUUCCCCUUGUUCUAAAACCCUGUUUGCUCGAAGUGAUAGGCGGCGUAAUUUUUUGCUAAUUAGACCCUUCUCGGCUUCAAUUUUGCGGUUCCAGUCACGCACCUGUGUACUACAUCUCCACAACGAUGUGGGAAGACUGAGAAUUAAAGGUUGCAAAGCUGCGCCAAGUCCGAGUUCCAACUCAGUGGAAGUGGAAACUGAGUCUGCCCACCAACUGUUCGAGAGUUUGAAAGAAGCAGAGAGAGAACGAGUAAACCAAUUAGAGGAAUUCGAGAGGAAGGCAAAUGUUCAGUUGGAGAGGCAGCUCAUGAUGGCUUCAGAAUGGAGCAGAGUACUUUUGACUAUAAAGGGAAAACUAAAAGGAACUGAGUGGGACCCGGAGAAUUCUCACGGCAUAGGCUAUAGUGACUUCAAACGACUUCUUGAUUCGAACAAUGUCCAAUUUAUGGAGUACUCUAAUUACGGGCAGACUGUCUCAGUGAUUCUACCCUAUUAUAAAGAAGGGAAGAAUGUCGGUCAAGAAGGUGACAAAAAGAAAGAAAUCAUUUUCCGACGCCACGUGGUCGACCAAAUGCCAAUCGACUGUUGGAACGAUGUUUGGCGAAAAUUGCAUCAACAGCUUGUAAAUGUCAAUGUCUUAAAUGUGAAUAGUGUACCUGGAGAAGUUUAUUCAACUGUUGCAACUGCAGUUGUUUGGUCAAUGAGGCUAGCGCUUUCUGUUGCUCUAUAUGUUUGGAUUGAUAAUAUGUGCAGACCAAUUUACGGUAAAUUAAUACCUUGCGAUCUCGGCACCCCUCCUAAAAAGACGACACUGCCCCCACUCAAGAGCCAGGGCCUUGGCUCAUUAGGAAAGAGUCGGGCAAAGUUCAUAUCAGCUGAAGAAAAAACAGGUGUUACAUUUGAUGAUUUUGCUGGCCAAGAAUAUAUCAAGAGAGAGUUACAAGAGAUUGUUCGAAUACUGAAAAACGACGAGGAGUUUCAAAACAAAGGUAUCUAUUGCCCGAAAGGAGUCCUUCUUCAUGGUCCACCCGGAACUGGUAAAACACUUCUUGCAAAAGCUAUAGCUGGUGAGGCAGGUCUUCCAUUUUUUGCUGCUAACGGUACAGAUUUUGUCGAGAUGUUUGUUGGUGUGGCUGCCUCUCGUGUGAAGGAUCUUUUUGCUAGUGCCAGGUCAUUUGCCCCUUCAAUAAUAUUCAUUGAUGAGAUAGAUGCAAUCGGUAGUAAACGUGGUGGACCUGAUAUUGGUGGGGGUGGUGCUGAAAGAGAACAAGGACUACUUCAAAUACUGACUGAAAUGGAUGGUUUUAAAGUAUCAACUUCACAGGUAUUGAUUAUCGGUGCAACAAACAGGCUGGAUAUUCUUGAUCCUGCUCUUCUAAGAAAAGGCCGAUUUGACAAGAUUAUUCGUGUUGGAUUACCAUCAAAAGAUGGUAGAUUCGCCAUACUGAAGGUGCACGCUCGAAAUAAGUACUUUCGGUCUGAGGAAGAGAAGGACACUCUACUUGAGGAAAUUGCAGAAAAUACAGAAGAUUUUACUGGCGCAGAAUUGCAAAAUAUACUGAACGAAGCUGGAAUUUUAACUGCUAGAAAGGACUUGGACUUCAUAGGUCGGGAAGAACUUCUCGAGGCCUUGAAACGGCAAAAAGGCACCUUUGAAACAGGGCAAGAAGAUAGUACUGAAGUACCCGAAGAGUUGAAACUGAGAUUGGCAUAUCGAGAGGCAGCUGUUGCUGUUCUUGCUUGUCAUAUUCCAGAUCCUUACCGUCCUUUCACUGAUACAGAUAUUAAUUCCAUACGUAGUCAGCCAAAUAUGCGGUACGAGGAGAAAUCGGGCAGGGUAUUUCAGAGAAAGGCAGAUUUUGUGGAGGCCAUAGUACGCGCAUGUGCUCCCAGAGUAAUUGAAGAAGAGAUAUUUGGAGUUGAUAAUCUGUGCUGGAUUUCUGCAAAAGCAACAUUAGAAGCUUCGAGACGGGCUGAAUUCUUGAUUCUGCAAACAGGAAUGACUGCUUUUGGCAAGGCCUUUUACCGAUACCAAAACGACCUUGUCCCUAAUCUAGCUGCCAAACUUGAGGCACUUAGGGAAGAGUACAUGCGUUUUGCCGUGGAGAAAUGCUCAUCUGUAAUAAGAGAAUACCGUCCUGCUGUGGAGAACAUUACAGAUGUUCUACUCGAGAAGGGAGAGAUAAAAGCAGAUGAAAUCUGGAAAUUUUAUAACACUUCACCUCGAAUACCUCAAGCUAGUGUGAGGCAAUUGGAUGAAUACGGGGCCCUUAUACACGCCGGACGUUGGGGACUGAAUGGUGUUUCUCUUCCCGGGAGAGUCACUUUCGCACCUGGAAAUGUCGGGUUCGCUACCUUUGGUGCACCUCGUCCCAUGGAGACUCAAAUCGUAAGUGAUGAUACGUGGAAGUUAAUAGAUGGAAUAUGGGAUAAAAGGGUCGAGGAAAUGAGGGAAGAGGCCUCUUUGGAAAUUGAAGAAGAAAAAGAAAUGCCUCCACAACUUCUCAUGGCGAGUCAUUUCAUUUAAGAUUCUUCAUAAAUUAUAUAUACAUACACAUACCUGGUAAGCGCGUUUCUUUUUCCAGACUUUUUUAACGUAUUAUUAUUAAGAUUGGAGAAGAAAAUGUGAUUUUGCGGGUAUGACUUGUAUUUUUGGGUAAACCUCCUCAAGUUAAGAGAGUAUUAUCAACCAUGGAAUGUGAGGUGAAAGGGACUUGUAAAGUACCCGAUUACACUUUUGUCAUCGAUUUAUUUUGGCUUGGGGGAUAGAGAUUAGAGGUAGGUUAUUACUGCACAUUUAUUUUACGAUCAGCAUAAUCAUUGAUAGUUAAAUACGGAGAACGUUAAUUAGUCCGAUGAGUUGUCAUUUCUGAAAGGCGAGGACAAAAUGUUACUUGUAAUUUUUGCAAUUUAUUAUUUGUAUUUAUUUGUGCUUUUUGGGUUCA